AAGAGUGCAUUGUAUUGUGCCUAUUUUUCUCUCCUCUCUAGACUGUACACAAGAUUUCUUCCCACAUUUUACCAAUAAACAACCUUAAUAUGGCUUCCUUUGUUCUUGGGACUAGUUUCCUUCCUCUGUUUUAUUCUCAAGACAAGUACUGCUGCUCCCCGAAUAUGCCAAACAUUAUCACCAAAAUAUCAGCCACCAACCCACAAAGGAUGAACCAAGUGAGAGCUGCUGGAGGAGACAGUGUUUCUGAGAAGGUGGAGGGCACAAUGGUGAAUAAACUCUACGAAUCAAAUCUACAAUUGCGGAGAUCUCUAAAUUUCUCAGGAGAGAAGCCAUCCACCCCAAUACUGGACACAAUUAAUUACCCAUUCCACAUGAAAAAUCUAUCCAUUCAAGAACUUGAGACGCUAGCUGAUGAACUCCGCGAAGAGAUUGUUUAUACAGUGUCAAAAACUGGCGGGCAUUUAAGUUCAAGCCUAGGUGUGACUGAGUUAACUGUGGCACUCCACCAUGUAUUCAACACUCCUCAAGACAAGAUCAUUUGGGACGUUGGUCACCAGACCUAUGCUCAUAAAAUUUUAACUGGAAGAAGAUCCAAAAUGCACACGAUUCGACAGACUGAUGGACUCGCAGGAUUUCCAAAGAGGGAUGAGAGUGUUCAUGAUGCCUUUGGAGUUGGUCAUAGUUCUACUAGUAUUUCAGCUGCCUUAGGGAUGGCAGUUGCAAGAGACUUGAAUGGAAAGGACAACCAUGUGAUUUCAGUGAUCGGUGACGGAGCCAUGACGGGUGGACAAGCAUAUGAGGCAAUGAACAAUGCUGGUUUUCUUGAUACAAAUCUUAUUAUAAUCUUAAAUGACAAUGAACAAGUUUCUCUUCCAACUGCAACCAUUGAUGGCCCAGCUCCACCCGUUGGAGCUCUUAGUAGAGCUCUCGCCAGGCUACAAACUAGUUCUGAGUUCCAUCAACUACGUGAGGUCGCAAAGGGCAUCACGAAGCAAAUUGGAAGCCAAGCGCAUGAAUUUGCAGCCAAAUUGGAUUCCUACAUUAGAGGGAUGGUAGGUGGUUCUGGUGCUUGUUUAUUUGAAGAGCUUGGGCUCUUUUACAUUGGUCCAGUAGAUGGCCAUGGUAUGGAAGACCUUGUGCACAUCCUGAAAGAUGUCAAGGACAUGCCAACACUUGGACCUGUACUCAUCCACGUAAUCACUGAGAAAGGAAAAGGCUAUCGUCCAGCUGAAGUUGCACCUGACAAGAUGCAUGGUGUCGUUAAAUUUGAUCCUAAGUCUGGGAAGCAGCUGAAAUCCAAGACAAGCACGCGGUCUUACACGCAGUACUUUGCAGAGUCUUUGACAGCAGAGGCAGAGGUUGAUGAUAGAAUUGUUGCCAUACAUGCUGCAAUGGGAGGUGGUACCGGCCUUAACUUGUUUCAGAAGCGCUUCCCCGAAAGAUGUUUUGAUGUUGGGAUAGCAGAACAGCAUGCUGUAACCUUUGCUGCUGGCCUAGCUGCUGAAGGCUUUAAACCCUUUUGUGCAAUUUACUCUUCCUUUCUACAAAGAGGUUAUGAUCAGGUAGCACAUGAUGUGGACCUUCAAAAGCUUCCAGUUAGAUUUGCAUUAGAUAGAGCUGGCCUAGUUGGUGCUGAUGGUCCAACACACUGUGGUGCCUUUGACACAACAUUCAUGGCUUGUUUGCCAAACAUGGUGGUUAUGGCUCCUUCGGAUGAGACUGAACUGAUGAACAUGGUUGCCACAGCUGCAGCCAUAGAUGACAGGCCUAGUUGCUUUAGGUACCCAAGAGGGAAUGGUAUAGGCUCCAUUCUUCCACCUAACAACAAAGGCACACCACUGGAGGUGGGUAAAGGAAGGGUGUUAAAGGAGGGAAGUAGGGUGGCUCUUGUUGGUUAUGGAACAAUGGUCCAAAGCUGUGUCGCAGCAGCUAAGGUUCUUGAAGCUCAUGGAAUUUCAACAACUGUUGCUGAUGCACGAUUUUGUAAGCCUCUAGAUGGAGAUUUGAUGAGGCAACUCGCUAGAGAACAUGAGAUUCUUAUCACAGUUGAAGAAGGAUCAAUUGGAGGAUUUGGUUCUCAUGUUUCUCAUUUUCUAGGAUUAAAUGGUAUGCUAGAUGGUAAUCUUAAGUGGCGAGCCAUGACACUGCCUGACAGAUAUAUAAACCAUGGAUCUCAGACAGAUCAAAUUAAAGUGGCAGGGCUAAGUUCAAACCAUAUUGCAGCUACUGCUUUGUCAUUAACCAAUGUGCAUUGGGACAGUCGUAUGAUUCUCAACCUACAGAUAUAAAUCAUAAUAGAAGUUGUGUGCCCGUAAUUCAAUUUUAGGUGUCCCCUUAUACAUGUACAUAAUUAGCAAUUAUAUCUCCAAAACUAUAGCAAUAAUGUAAAUAAAAUGCGAAGUUCUUCACUAUAAUUUUUUAUGAUUAACCUUGUACUCAAGGAGGAAAGCAAAAAAGGUGAACAAUAAAUUUUUUAAUUAUAUGUUGUAUAAUUAUGGAAAUUAAUGAGUGGUUCCAUCAUGCAUGACUUGAGCCCGUUAAAGUUCUUGCAUUGGUUAAGAGUUCUAUUAUCCCAAUCAACUUGAUUAAUAGUGGAUCAGCUUGAAACUCAACUCAAUUAAACAUGAAAUUUGUCGCUUGAAUUCCCCUUGAAUGUAACUUGCGAACUAUAUAACUAAAUAUCUUAUUUAGGGUUUAGGGUACCAUUAUAAUGCAACUAUAAUAACAGCCGAUUGAACUAAGCUAGCUCGUUAUGUAUGAAGCAAAAUUUAACUGAGCCAAUGGCAGUGCAUAGCUAUAUAUUGAAGUCCACUUUGUUAUUAUGUGAUCAACUGAAAAUUGGCUAAACGAGCCUACAACAAUUCUGGCUCCACCCACUGAAGCUAAUGAUGCAGCUAUUGCAACAAGGUUGUGGUGGCGGAUAUCCAAAUGGCUUUAGAGACACAGAGACUUGAGAGGCUUUGUGAGAACACUAUGAACAGUGUGGAUUGGCUUGCUAAUAGGAGCUUCAAUCUUAAUUAUGGGCUGAAAAGAAUUGGGACGCUAUUCCAAGGAACCAACACUUUGUUAUGAUGCUGAAAGAAACAGGGAAUAGAUAAAUUAAAAUGAAAGAAAGAUUAGAAAGAAAUUGUAUUAUUUGGAUGGAU